GAGGCAGGGGACCCAAGGAGGAAGUGGAAGGCUUUUUCUCCAACCAAAGGAAGGAGAGGACAAAGGAAAUGGGAAGGAGACAGAGGCCUGUCUGACGGAUGCUCCCAAGCCUGCAUCCAGUGUCAUGCUGACUGGACUAGACUUGGGGCAGGAAAGAGACUUGGGAAGACCUCUCUGCUGGCUCAAAAAGGGUGGCUGGCCCAGGCUGAGAGGAAGCGGUUUGGGGACUGUCUGUGCAGGAAGUGAAGGCCUUGCCUCUAUAAAGGACUCCCAUGGGAUUGCUGGGACCUUGCUGGGUGAGAUGGCACUGUGUGCAAAAAAGCGCCCCCCAGAAGAAGAACGGAGGGCACGGGCUAACGACCGAGAAUACAAUGAAAAAUUCCAGUAUGCGAGUAACUGCAUCAAGACCUCGAAGUACAAUAUUCUUACCUUCCUGCCUGUCAACCUCUUUGAGCAGUUCCAGGAAGUUGCCAACACCUACUUCCUGUUCCUUCUCAUUCUGCAGUUGAUCCCACAGAUCUCUUCCCUCUCCUGGUUCACUACCAUUGUGCCUUUGGUCCUCGUCCUCACCAUCACGGCUGUCAAAGACGCCACUGAUGACUACUUCCGCCAUAAGAGUGAUAACCAGGUGAACAACCGGCAGUCUCAGGUGCUGAUCGGUGGAAUUCUCCAGCAAGAGCAGUGGAUGAAUGUCUGUGUUGGUGAUAUUAUCAAGCUAGAAAACAACCAGUUUGUGGCGGCGGACCUCCUCCUCCUGUCCAGCAGCGAGCCUCACGGGCUGUGCUACAUAGAGACGGCAGAGCUCGACGGAGAGACCAACAUGAAGGUGCGCCAAGCCAUCCCAGUCACCUCGGAAUUAGGAGAGAUCAAUAAGCUUGCCAAGUUUGAUGGUGAAGUCAUCUGCGAGCCUCCCAACAACAAGCUGGACAGAUUCAGCGGGACGCUGUACUGGAAGGAGAGCAAGUUUCCCCUGAGCAACCAGAACGUGCUGCUGCGCGGCUGUGUGCUGCGAAACACGGAGUGGUGCUUCGGGCUGGUCAUCUUCGCGGGUCCGGACACCAAGCUGAUGCAGAACAGCGGCAGGACGAAGUUCAAGAGGACGAGCAUCGACCGCCUGAUGAACACGCUGGUGCUCUGGAUUUUCGGGUUCCUGGUCUGCAUGGGGGUCAUCCUAGCCGUCGGCAAUGCCAUCUGGGAGCACAAAGUCGGGAAGCGCUUCCAGGUCUACCUGCCCUGGGACGAGGCGGUGGGCAGUGCCUUCUUCUCCGGCUUCCUCUCCUUCUGGUCCUACAUCAUCAUCCUCAACACUGUUGUGCCCAUUUCCCUGUAUGUCAGUGUGGAGGUCAUCCGCCUGGGCCAUAGCUACUUCAUUAACUGGGACAGGAAGAUGUUCUGCAUGAAGAAGCGGACCCCCGCCGAGGCCCGCACCACCACCCUGAACGAGGAGCUGGGCCAGGUGGAGUACAUCUUCUCCGACAAGACGGGCACCCUCACCCAGAACAUCAUGGUGUUCAACAAGUGCUCCAUCAACGGCCGCAGCUACGGUGACGUGUUUGAUGUCCUGGGACACAAAGCAGAAUUGGGAGAGAGGCCUGAACCCAUCGACUUCUCCUUUAACCCUCUGGCUGAUAAGAAAUUCCUGUUUUGGGAUCCAAGCCUGUUGGAGGCGGUCAAGACGGGGGACCCCCACACACACGAGUUCUUCCGCCUUCUCUCCCUGUGCCACACGGUCAUGUCAGAAGAAAAGAGCGAAGGAGAGCUGUAUUACAAAGCCCAGUCCCCAGAUGAGGGGGCGCUGGUCACCGCAGCCAGGAACUUUGGUUUUGUGUUCCGCUCUCGCACUCCCAAAACCAUCACUGUCCAAGAGAUGGGCACAGCCAUCACCUACCAGCUGCUGGCCAUCCUGGACUUCAAUAACAUUCGCAAGCGGAUGUCGGUCAUAGUGAGAAAUCCAGAGGGGAAGAUCCGUCUGUACUGCAAAGGGGCUGACACGAUUCUGCUCGACAGACUCCAGCACGCCACCCCCGAGCUGCUGAACUGCACCACUGACCACCUGAAUGAGUACGCAGGGGAGGGGCUGAGGACCCUGGUGCUGGCCUACAGGGACCUGGAUGAGGGUUACUACGAGGACUGGGCGAGGAGACGCCUGCAAGCCAGCCUGGCCCAGGACAGCCGGGAGGACAGGCUGGCCAGCGUCUUUGAGGAAGUUGAGAGCAACAUGAUGCUGCUGGGUGCCACGGCCAUCGAGGACAAGCUUCAGCAGGGGGUCCCAGAGACCAUUGCGCUCCUCACCUUGGCCAAUAUCAAGAUUUGGGUGCUGACUGGAGAUAAGCAAGAGACAGCCGUGAACAUUGGCUACUCGUGUAAAAUGCUCACAGAUGAUAUGACCGAGGUGUUCAUAGUCACCGGGCACACUGUCCUGGAGGUGCGAGAGGAGCUCAGGAGAGCCCGGGAGAAGAUGAUGGACUCUUCCCGCACGGUGGGCAACGGCGUCACCUGCCAGGGGAAGCUGUCCUCUUCUAAGCUCGCUUCUGUCCUGGAGGCGGUCACCGGGGAGUAUGCCCUGGUCAUCAAUGGGCAUAGCCUGGCCCACGCGUUGGAGGCGGACAUGGAGCUGGAGUUUCUGGAGACGGCGUGCGCCUGCAAAGCCGUCAUCUGCUGCCGAGUGACGCCCUUGCAGAAGGCGCAGGUGGUGGAGCUCGUCAAGAAGUACAAGAAGGCCGUGACGCUGGCCAUCGGCGAUGGGGCCAAUGACGUCAGCAUGAUCAAAACCGCCCACAUCGGCGUGGGCAUCAGCGGGCAGGAGGGCAUUCAGGCGGUGCUGGCCUCCGACUACUCCUUCUCGCAGUUCAAGUUCCUGCAGCGCCUCCUGCUGGUGCACGGGCGCUGGUCCUACCUGCGCAUGUGCAAGUUCCUCUGCUAUUUCUUCUACAAGAACUUCGCCUUCACCAUGGUCCACUUCUGGUUCGGCUUCUUCUGCGGCUUCUCAGCCCAGACUGUGUACGACCAGUAUUUCAUCACCCUCUACAACAUCGUGUACACCUCCCUCCCGGUGCUGGCCAUGGGGGUCUUUGAUCAGGACGUCCCGGAGCAGCGGAGCAUGGAGUACCCCAAACUUUAUGAGCCAGGCCAGCUGAACCUCCUCUUUAACAAGCGGGAGUUCUUCAUCUGCAUCGCCCAGGGUGUCUACACCUCCGUGCUCACGUUCUUCGUCCCCUACGGGGUGUUUGCUGAGGCCACGCGGGAUGACGGCGCCCAGCUGGCGGACUACCAGUCCUUCGCGGUCACUGUGGCCACGUCGCUGGUCAUUGUGGUCAGCGUGCAGAUCGGACUGGACACGGGUUACUGGACAGCCAUCAACCACUUCUUCAUCUGGGGCAGCCUGGCUGUUUACUUUGCCAUCCUCUUUGCCAUGCACAGUGAUGGGCUCUUUGGCAUGUUUCCAAACCAGUUCCGCUUUGUGGGGAAUGCCCAGAACACCCUGGCCCAGCCCACGGUGUGGCUCACCAUCCUGCUCACCACGGCCGUCUGCAUCCUGCCCGUGGUCGCCUUCCGCUUCCUCCGGCUCAGCCUCAAGCCCGAUCUCUCCGACACGGUCCGCUACACGCAGCUGGUGCGCAAGAAGCACAAGGGCCAGCUCCGCUGCCGGCGGCGGGCGGGCCGCGCGGGCUCCCGGCGCUCGGGCUACGCCUUCUCGCACCAGGAGGGCUUCGGCGAGCUCAUCAUGUCCGGCAAGAACAUGCGGCUCAGCUCCCUGGCCCUGUCCAGCUUCACCGCGCGCUCCAGCUCCAGCUGGAUCGAGAGUCUGCGCCGGAAGAAGAGCGACGGCGGCGGCAGCCCCAGCGGCGCCGAGAAGCCCCUGAAGGGCUGAGGACCUGGCCCCUGCGCUCCGGGGUCCCCCUUAGACUGCCCAGCCGGUCCCCCCCCCCCUCGGCCAGGACCGGGGUAGCGAGGAGGUCUCUCCCAGGCCCUAGAAGCGAUCGCAGUGAGGGACCGGGACCCGCCAGGUGUGGAACCCCCCCAAAAAAAAGAAAAAAAAAAAACCAACCCGAGAUUGGGGUGU